GGGGCCCCUUGCCUCAGAUGGGGAACUUGGGGGGCACGUGACUCACUCAGGCCAUUAAGGCCAGCAGAGCAGGGGUUAGUUUAGUCUUGACCUUCAGGCCUCAUCUCAGUCCCUGGCUAUGAAGAAAUUCCUACAGGAUAUCAUACAGUUCACGAGCUUGGGGCUGGGAGGGCUCCUUCUUGUGCUUGUCAUCAUUCUGUCUGUCUGCCUGCGCCGGAUCCAUCAGAGAGUGAAGAGACUGGAAAGGAAUAAGGCACAGACCCUAGAGCAGGAGCUCCACUAUGCAUCUCUGCAGAAGCUGCCAGUGUCCAGCAAUGAUGUCACAGACAGAGAGGACGACGAAGGCAUGAAGGACGACCUCAGCACUGACUAUGCCUGCAUCGCCAAGAACAAGCCCACCUGACCACCCCCAAGUGCCCCCCUCGACCUGGGCGGGUGGUCAAAGAUGCCCUGAGGUCACCUAGUAAAAACUGCUUCCCCACUUCUG